AUGUUUCAAGAUUUAAUUAGAAUAUAUUGGCCUGUGGAUAUAAUUCAGUAUAAAGACUCUGGACUAUUAAUUGGUUUUCAAAACUCCCAAAAUGAUAUAUUUAUAGUUACAAGCAUUAGUAACAUAGAGAAAGAAAUAUUAGAAAAGCGUAUACAGAAUAUGUUUCUAAAAAAUAGAAAAUCAUCUAAUAUAAUUGAAAAAUUAUGUGAUAAUCAGUAUCCUAAGAUCAUUGGUGCAUUACAUUCUACAUCUAAUAAUUAUAAAUGUGUUUUUAAUUACGAAAAUAUAUGGAUUAAUGCUAUACUAGAUAAAAAUACUAAAUUUCCACAAUUUUAUGGAGAAGAGAAUUUUUUAAAAACAAUUCAAGUUAUUUUAUAUUAUAGCCCAAAUUUCUAUAAAAUGCAAUAUUAUUCUCUUAAGCCUAUAGGAUUAGAACUUAAGGAUAAAGUUAGCACUAAAAUCAAGUAUUUCAAAGACGAUCAUAUAAAAAAGUCAGAACUUCAAGAACGCUUAAAAAAGCAUGUGUUUUACUAUAAACCUUUAAAAAAUUCAGAAUUAUAUUUUUCUGAAAAUAUAUUAAAACAGAUCAACAAAAUUAGAGAACUUUCAAUUAUUUUAAAAAACAUUAUUAAAGAUCAACUUAAAUACAAUAAUAAAACUCCAUCUUUAUCUACUAGAAUUCAAAAAAAUACUAAUUAUUAUUUUAAAAAAUCAUAUUUACAUUUAUUUCAAUUUUUAUCUAAUGUCAUAUUUUGGAUUAUGUUAAUUCAAAAAGCAAUUUCUGAAACUAUUCUUUAUAUAAUCGAGUGGAAACUAUGUUACAAAUGGAUUUCUUUAAAAGAUAUUUCAGCAACAGUUCAACAGAUCGACAUGAGAUUACAACAGUUUUGUUAUUGGCCUAUUCAAUAUCAAGCAUUACUAAACAGAAAAAAAGAAUAUCCAAAUGUUACAAAAAGUUAUCCUAACUAUAUCCGUUUUUAUAACAACAUAUGGUUAAUUACGAAUGAUAUCAUAUUUGGUAUAAUAUUUGGAUCAUAUCUCAUUGAAAACAAACAGCGGUUAAUUCAAAGUAUUAAUUAUAUUUCUAAUGUUUAUACUAUAGAAAGUUUGCACAAUAUGAUUUUUUGGUUAAUGAAUUGGCCAGGUGGUUUAAAAUUGAAUAGUGAACUAGCAGGAUUUCUUGGAAACCUCUUUUUAUGGCUUUUAAAUAUCUGGAAAGGGUGGAUUACAAUAAUAAACUCAUAUUUACCAAUCUUUAUUCAAAUAGCAGCGAUAUCUAGUUUCAUGGGGUUUUCUCUAUUCGUUUCAUUUUUAAAUGACGCAUUAUCUUUACUAACUCUUCAUAUUCAUAUAUUUUAUACAACAUCUACUCUAAUAUACAAUUGGCAACUUACUAUUUUAAUCUCAUUAUUUCACUUAUUUCGUGGAAAAAAAAAAAAUAUAUUAAGAAAUAGAAUAGACUCCUGUGAUUAUGACAUAGACCAAUUAGUUCUUGGAACCAUUUUAUUUACAUUAUUUGCAUUCUUAUUUCCAACAAUAUUGGCAUUUUAUUUUACAUUUGCUUUAGUACGUAUAAUCAUAAUAAUUAUUAAAGCCAUUUUGGAUACUACACUAACAUUUGCAAAUCAUUUCCCCUUAUUUGCAAUUAUGUUGAGAAUAAAAGACCCUUUUCGUCUUCCUGGAGGAAUUCGUUUUGAAUUAAUGGAUUUUAAACCUUCAAAUCAAUUACAAUUUUCUUUAAAGCCUAUUCAAACAUCUUAUAUAUUUUUAAAGUCUACACCACUUUCUCUUGAAUCCAUGUUUUGUCAAUAUUCAAGACUAGCUCAGCGACUAAAAUGCCAUUAUUUUUCCAAACAAGUAAUUAUAAAUCUAGUAAGAGGAAUUAUAAUUCCUCCAAUUCCUAGAGAAAAACUUUAUAGUUUACAAUACUCAAUGCUUCCUGAAAAUAGAAUAAGCAUAAUGGAACUUAUAAAAAUAAACUCCAACCAAUAA